AAAAGGCGGGCUAUUUCGCGUGGAUUUGCCAUUUCGAAAGCGUUUGUCUGAAACGAGUCGGUUAAAGCCUGAUUUCGACGUGAAAAGAAUCCAUGUCAAUCCUUCGGAAUUUUUGAAUAUAAUUGUCUGCAUUCUAUUCACAUCACCAAUUAAGAACCGACUAAAAACCUCUACAUUUGUGUAUUCAAGGUCUGUACUUUAUUAUGGAUCAAUCGCCCGUAGCAACAUUCAAAUUAGUUCUUGUGGGAGAUGGUGGUACUGGAAAAACUACAUUUGUAAAACGACACAUGACCGGAGAAUUUGAGAAAAAAUAUGUGGCAACUCUUGGAGUGGAAGUACAUCCUCUUGAUUUCUACACGACAUGUGGAAAAAUAAGAUUUAAUGUUUGGGAUACAGCUGGUCAAGAAAAGUUUGGUGGUCUUCGUGAUGGUUACUACAUCCAAGGACAGUGUGGGAUCAUCAUGUUUGAUGUAACUUCUCGAGUAACGUACAAAAAUGUCCCCAACUGGCAUAAAGAUCUUGAGCGUGUGUGCCAAAAUAUUCCUAUUGUGUUGUGUGGUAAUAAAACUGAUGUCAAAGAUAGAAAGGUCAAAGCUAAAGCCAUUACUUUUCAUCGAAAGAAGAAUCUUCAGUACUAUGACAUCAGUGCUAAAAGCAAUUACAACUUUGAAAAGCCAUUUUUGUGGUUGGCACGUAAGCUAACUGGUGAACCAAAUCUUGAGUUCACAGAAAUGCCUGCAUUAUUACCACCUGAAGUGCAGAUGGAUGCUGCCCAAAAACAACAGAUUGAGGCUGACCUUAUUGAGGCACAGAAGACUGCUCUUCCUGAUGAUGAUGAUGAUUUGUGAACAUUGUAUUUCUAAUAUCUUUUGUCAUAGUAUUAGGAGCAGUAAGCAACAUUCUAAAGAUAAUUGUAUUCCAACUGUGGAGAAAAUAGAUUAAUCAAUGGAUGAUAUUUGCUCCAGUUACCUCAGUGUGAGCUUUUGAUAAACUUAAAUAAUAAUUUCAUAAAAAGAUAUGUUCAUUGGAAAAUUUCAGUUUUAUUUCAAUAAGACUUUUGUAAGAUGUUGAAAGAGUAAUUGUUGGAAUUAAGGUUCCUAGAAAAAUAACUUGAAUAAAGUUCCAGUAUUUAGUUUUC